AACGAGAGAAGCACAGCAGCUCAGGGACUCACCCAAGCCAAUGGAGAGAGAGUCUGUGCCCGCGGUUUGCAAACCGUCAGUGUAGAAACUGGCAGUCAACCAGCACCUCAUCCCAUCUAUAGCACCUGCACGCGGCAAAUCACAGCUGAAGAUAAACAAACACAUCUCCGUUUCUUCUAGAAAGCGGGACAGAUCGCGGGAUAUACUUCGGAAAAGACACAUUUUACGAACAGAAUGAAGAAAAGCCAUUUGGUUAAAAGGGGUCUUCAGGAUCUCAACCAGACAUCUUCCCAACCAGACAAAGUAGGCUGGAUCCGCAGGUUCAGUGGCAAAGGAAUAUUUAGGGAAAUAUGGCGAAAUCGCUUUGUGAUGCUUAAAGGAGAUCAUCUGUACAUCUUUGAAAAAGAGAUGAAGAAUGAUGGGAAGACUCAUGAAGUGUUUGACCUGGCACAGUACGAGCGCUCAGAGGAACUGCGAAAUGUCCAGAGCCACAGUAAGAAGAAUCACAGUAAAUUCACCCUGCUCCGGUGCCAACAUCCUGGAAACAAGAGCCCCAGUCUUGUAUUUCUGGCCGUCAGUCCAGAGGAGAAGGAAUCUUGGAUCAAUGUAUUAAACACUGCUAUUACCAGAGCUAAGAAUCGUGUGCUGGAUGAGGUGAUGUUUGAGGAGGAGAGUCCUCUGGCUCACCCCACACGCGAUAGGGCCAAGAUCCCACUUGGGCGCCGUUUGCCCACGCGGGGUCAUCUCAUGUCUGUGACCUCUGCCUCCUCUGAUGGAAUGCUGACACUGGACUUGGUGAAUGAGGUGGACACUGGUUUGCCUGAUGAUGAUCUCAGACGGGAAAAGCUGGCACCAAGCCAUCCACGCGCUGGCACUGAUGUGUCCAGGCCGUCGGCCUCUGUUACAGAUGGCAAGGUGAAAACCAGCAGCUUGCCACGCAGGAACGAGUUCUCCUGGAUCUGUGAAAACCACCCUUACACACCUCAAAACGAGAAGAAGUUAGCUCAGGGUCGUAACCGAUGUGCUUCAAUGGAUGACACUCUGUCCCGAGGAGAGAGAAAACCAAAGAAGAAGAAUGGGCUCCAGGCAACGCUGUCCCAGAGUCCCACGAGCCACCUGCAGGAUCUGAUAAGCCAGCGGCUGCAGAAGACUCAAGAGCUGUUAGCUGAGAUUCAGGAACAGGAACCCCAUCGGAGCAGAAUGGGAUCUUACCCCUACUUAAGAGGCAUUGACUCCCCUCGUCUGCGCAACCUCAAGGGCUCUGACUCACCUCACUCCAAGGGCUCAAGCUCACAUAAUUCACCCCAAAGCAAAGGCACAGACUCACCCUCAGUAAGGGCAAAAGAUUCACCUGGUUCCAAAGGGAAAGAAUCGGCACAUGUGAAGUCCAAGGACUCGCCCCGUUUUCAGUCAUCCAAAUCCCCUCAUUACAAGAGCGCACUUCGCUCAAAGAGCAUUGAUUCACCUGAUUCAAAAGAAUCAAGUUCACCCCACUGGAAAUGCAUCGAUCUGACCGACAAUAAAGGUUCAGACUCACCUCUAUCCACUGGCUCAAACUCGCCCUAUAUGAAAUCUACAGACCCUGCUUUUUUUCGGAUCUCUUACUCGCCCCAUUUGAGGAAGGGUACUGAUUCUCCCCUCAGUGAAGCUGUGGACUGGGACAGCAGGAGGCCAGCAGCUGAGCGGCUCUUACAAGAGGCCAUUUCCUCUUGGCGAGAAGCUAGAGAGGUUCUGGCUGAGGUAAAGGAGCUACAAGCCAGACAGCAACGGGUAGAGCACCGAAAAACUGGAAUACCCACAACACCCGCACAGAUUCGCAAGCAGAAAAGCCCCUGACCGAAUCUUCAGUCAAUCAUUAUGCUUUCUAAUACUUGUGAGCCUUCCCUACAAUGAAUGCAAGGAAGGAGAACAAUAGAUGGAACUUUCCAGCGCAAACCAGUGUUCUGUUUUAUCUCAGUCUAUUGUUUUUAUAUGAACUGUUGUUCCUCUAACAC